UUAUUAUUAUUGAGUCCACAACCAAGAUGUCGGCGCCCAUGGAAGUAGUGGUGUGCGCUGAUUCGGCGGGACAGCUGUGGAACUGUGCCGUGUUUGAGCUUCAUUCUGGCACCAAUCUCUUAUCUUAUCGAGGGGGUAACACUUCGUCGAGGUCCCUCACUGUCCUGAACAGUGAAUAUAUUCUCGGAGCCCAGCUUGGCAAGAACUUCAUCAAUGUGUGGGAGAUACAACGAAAGGACCAGCUGCAGCAGAAAAUCGUGUGUCCUGGGAUAGUUACCUGCCUGGCUGCUUCUCCCAAUGGGCUAUUCCUGCUAGCAGGGAUUGCUGAAGCAAUUUAUGUGUGGGAGGUGUCCACAGGAAACUUGCUGGCUAUCUUGAGUCGCCACUACCAGGACCUGACCUGCCUGCGCUUCACAGACGAUAGCAGCCACUUCAUUUCUGGUGGCAAAGACAACUUGGUGCUCGUCUGGAAUCUAGCCAGUGUGGUGCAGCUGGACUCCUCUCGUGCCCCUGAGCCCCGCCAUGUCUGGACGCAGCAUUCUCUGCCCAUCACAGACAUCCACUGUGGCCUGAUGGGACCCCAGGCACGAGUAGCCACCGCAUCCCUGGACCAGACUGUCAAGCUGUGGGAGAUGUCCUCAGGCGAGAUGCUUCUGUCUGUCCUCUUCGAUGUGGGCAUCAUGUCCGUGACCCUUGACCCCUGCGAGUACUCCCUAUUCUGUGGCGGCAGUGAUGGCAGCAUCUUCCAGGUGUCCCUGUGCAGCACGACCCUCAGCCGGGAUAAGACAUUCCAGUCUGACAAUGAAGGCAACCAAGUUUUCAAAGGACACAGAAAUUUGGUAACCUGCCUCUCUGUGUCUAUGGAUGGCACCCUGCUGCUGUCCGGCUCCCACGAUGAGACUGUCAGGCUGUGGGACAUCCAGAGCAAGCAGAGCAUCCGGAGCAUCAGCCACAAAGGUCCCGUUACCAACGCCUUCAUCAUCCCCGCACCGGCCAACAUGUUCCUGCCAGACAGCCGGCCUGCCGUGCCCCUGCCGCGCUUUAGUCGCCACCUCAACCCGUCCGAGCAGGGCGAGGGCACCGAGACCGGGGGGGUGUGUCUGCGUCUGGGGUCCAGCGUGCAGGGCUCGGAGCAGACGCACUUGGAGAAGGCAGAGAAGCUGUACUCCCUCAUGUGUGCCGUCACAGACAAGAGCGUGUUUGGAGAUGGUGAGAACACCAAGGUGCGCGUCUCAGAGCUGGAGGAGGAAGUGAAGACGCUGAAGAAGAUCAACAAGGACCUGUAUGAAUUCUCCUCGCAGCUCCUCACCAAGCCCAGUUAGAGCAGCGCUGUCGAGGGUGUCGCCCCAGCCGCUGGGCCUCGGCACGCCAGAGGGGAGAUGCCAAGCUCUG